AUGCAGAUUGCAGGCGUGGGUUGCCGCAGUUCAUCAUUAGGAAUUGCGAGCAGCAGCUCAUAUUCAUCAUCCUCUCCUCCCGCUGGACCAGAGUCUCCACUUGCCUCUGGUGGUAGAGUUCUUCUCUUCUCUGCGGUUCUCUCUUACAGUGCAAGCUCUUGGUCUGACUGUGCAGAUGAAGUGUUCGACGAGACUUGCACGAACUUGAGGGUUUAUGAGCGCUAUACGAAGGAUGUCAACCAAGCGGCAGUCAACGGAUUCAAUGUGGGGCACCUCUGUGCAUUUCCUUAUAAAGAAUAUGCUGGUGCAAAUAUUGGUGCUUCAGGAGGACUAACUAGAAACUUGACUCAUGCCUUGAAGGUUAAUGAUUUCUAUCAUGACAUGGUCCAUCAGGUUCUUCUCUUCUCUGCGGUUCUCUCUUACAGUGCAAGCUCUUGGUCUGACUGUGCAGAUGAAGUGUUCGACGAGACUUGCACGAACUUGAGGGUUUAUGAGCGCUAUACGAAGGAUGUCAACCAAGCGGCAGUCAACGGAUUCAAUGAAUUUGGUAGAUUUGGCUGGUUCAGAGCCUAUUCAAAGACUGGUGCUGGUGGCAUACGUUUGAAGGAAGGAAAAUACAAAAAUAAAAGCUUAAUGGCUCUUGUUAAUGUUAUCAACAGACUUAGUGAUAGUGGUGUUAGGAAAAGAGGACAUAUUCCUUACCGGGAUAGCAAGCUCACCGCAAUUCUUCAGCCUGCUCUUGGUGGCAAUGCAAAGACUUCCAUUAUCUGUACUGUUGCACCUGAAGAGGUUCAUGUUGAUGAAACAAGGGGGACUUUGCAGUCGCUGGUAGAGCUAAGCGCAUCACAAAUUGUGUUCAACUAUGAAGCAUGGGUCAUUUACAAUUUCCUUUCACUUUGCGUUGCAUGGGUGGGAGGCCCCGGUGCUGUUGUAUUGAGUUUAAAUGUGGGGCACCUUUGUUCAUUUCCUUAUAAAGAAUAUGCUGGUGCAAAUAUUGGUGCUUCAGGUGGACUAACUAGAAACUUGACUCAUGCCUUGAAGGUUAAUGAUUUCUAUCAUGACACGGUCCAUCAG